UUUCAAUUCUGUACAUUUCCCUCACAAAAUUCCUUCUUCAGUCUUCCAUUUCUAUCCCUCGCUGUCCGAAACUCAAACCUGCCCAGUUUCAGUUUUCUUGAUCGGUUGGAGUUUUGGGUCUGGUUCUUGCACAGUGAAGCUGGUGGCAGCGUGGGGAAGGAGGAAAGUAGUAAAGCGAAUGGAGGGUGUUUGAGCACAGCACUAACAGAGGAGGGGUUGAAUGAAGCGCAGAGGAGAGGACCGAAAGUAGCAACAGAAUCUGAAAUGGAAUUCCCUUUGAGAGGUUGCUGGUAGUUCAGACCAGGGGAGUUAUCUGUCAUCUACUGUGGGAUUUUUUUUCUUGUUCUUGUCAUGGAGAUUGACAUUAGUGAGAAGGAUAAGCUUGAGCAGGAGAAAGGGAAUGACGAUAACUCUAUGACCUAUCAAUCACCUGGUAGUUUAACUUCAGACUGGCAUUUUACUGGUGC